AUGGCUGACCAGAAACAAGGCACAAACCCCAAAAGUGCUGACUGGGACAGGCAGCCCUCCCUGGGGGGUGCGAGAAGGUGGGAGCAGCUGCUGGAGAAGUUCGGGGGCCGCUACGUGCUGUACUCUGUGUACCUGGAAGGCUUCCUCCUCUGCAAGGUGCGCUACAGCCAGCUACACCACUGGAAUGAUCAGCUAAGACGGAUCUUUGGGAGUACCGUGCCUGCUUUCCCUCCAAAGUUUUACCUUGCAAUGACCGAGUCCAUGGCUGAUGAGAGGAGAUCUCAACUUGAGCAGUAUCUACAAAAUGUAACUGUAGAUCCAAGUAUUACAAACAACGAUGUCUUCAUCAGUUUUUUUAGAAAAUUACAGCAGGAUACAUUUAAGAUCCAGACACAGAGAGCCUCUUUGGAUAUUUACCUGGCAGAUGGAAGGAAUGUUAGGCUUGAUAUCCAGACAUCAGACACUGCUGAAAGAGUACUAGAGGUUGUCUCAUGCAAGAUGGGUCUGUCAAGAGAAUUAAUACGAUAUUUUAGCUUAUUUUUUAUUCAAGAUCACAGCAGUGGAGUUCUUUCUGUGGUGAAAAAAGUGGCAGAAUUUGAACUUCCCUAUGUGAGUCUUCAAAGUAUGAAAGAAUCAAACUGUAAGAUUGGAAUCAGAAAAUGGUAUAUGGAUCCCUCUCAUGAUAAAAUGCUAAUGAACUGUAGCUCUUCAGUGAACUUACUCUAUAUGCAGGCUCUGCAGGAAAUUGAAAAGAAUUGGGUCAAACCCACAGAUGGACAGAUGCAGAAACUGAAAUUGCUACAAAAAGCAGCAAACAAAAUGAAGUUUCUAGAGCUGGUUCAAGAAGUGCAGCACUAUGGCUAUAUACAGCUUGAUCCCUGCACCUGUGACUACCCAGAAGUAGGUUGUUCUGCUGCUGUUCAUAUAGGAAAUAAUGAGAUUAGCUGCUGCAUAAAGCUGCCUAGUAACCAGACCAAACAGGCCAGUUUCAAGAUCAGCAGGGUGAGAUGCUGGCAGGUUACUUUUCUAGGUGCGAUUACACGGCCAAAAGACCAGGGAUAUGAGCAGACCCUAGAACUCCGGUUCGAGUACAAAGAUUCAGACUCAUGGACAUGGAUCGUCUUUUACACAAAACAGGCAUUUCUACUAAGUAGCUGCUUAAAAAAGAUAAUAUCAGAACAGCUGAUGAAGACAAUGAAAGAAGACAAAGAAAUGCAGAUUGAGAUGCCUGAAUCCUUGAAGAGUAAGAAAUCUAGCAUCCAACAAAGCCAGAUAGCUCACUCUGGUUUUAUACCAAGAAAAAGGAUUUUGGUUAGAUCAGAUGAAGAGGAUAAUGUGUUUGAGAAGAUAAGAGAGGAAGAUUUGUGAGAUUCUUUAGAACUGCCUAUAAAAUAUGUUGCAAAGUCUCAAUUAUAAUAAAAUAGUCUUCAAUUUAACAAUACCUUAUAAAUGUUUCUAAUUCCUUGAUAAUUAUGACAUUCUUGAUCUUGUAGUUUUUAAAGAUUCAGUUAACCACUCCCUGGAGUUAGAAUUAGCAAAAUAAAAACAUCUUGUUUCUUAUAUAGGUGUAUUUUUUAAUAACUUAAAGCAUACAUUUUUAAAAUAGAAAACAGUCUAUUG